AUGGGGGGACUCAACUACCAGGUGAUGAGGGCCUAUCUUCCCCGGAUACGGUUUCUCACGGUCCAUUAUGCCUACUUCAUUGGGCUCUCUUUCAUUACCUCCGCCAUCUUCUGGGGCACCUCUUCCCCUGCCCAGAGUGUGCGAUACAUUGACUCGUUAUACUUAACUACCAGCGCCAUGACCCUCGCGGGCAUGAAUACGGUGAACCUGUCUACACUCAAUACAUUCCAACAAGUCCUGUUGUUCUUCCUGAUAAUAUCUGGAUCUGCAAUCUGGGUGUCCAUCGCCAUGGUGCUUGUUCGCAAACGUGCCUUUGAAAAAAGGUUUGGGGAGAUUGUGAAAGCAGAGCAUCUUCAAAGAAAAGCACAGAGCCGGAUUGGGUUUGGCCGUGCACUAACGCGGUCGCGCUCUUUCUCCCGACAGUCCACUAUGCCCCAGGAACGUACUUGGCUGCCAGGACUUCUACCCAUGCUCCGGUCUCCGAGUUGGGGAGCACCAGUUGACCCUAGCCGUAGUUCUCAACCCGCAAGCUCGGGGAAAAGGGACCUGGUAUUAGAGCCCAGACCUGGUCAUACUGAUGCUGGACAACCAGUCCAGCAACCGAACCAGGAUGUUUCAGAAGGAGGAAACGGUGCCGAGUCUGUGGCUCCUGAUGAAGGACUGCCUAAUGAAGACGUUCUCAGGGAGCAAACGAGCAACACUGAUACCGAUGCUCAUAUUGCAUUCACUUCCGUCGCAAGGAAUGGCUCUGAAGAACUACAAUCCAACCCACUACGCCGACGCAUGCUGUCCCCGUAUACAAAUGUUCUGAAUCGCUCUAAUACGCUCGGCGAAAUGGAGCAGGGCCCAUCCGCUGAGGACUCUGAUGGAGGUGAUCUUCAUUUGAACCUUCUUCACAAAUUGCGCCGCAACUCUACAUUCUACAAUCUCACCGAAGCUGAGCGACAAAAGCUUGGAGGUGCCGAGUAUCGAGCAGUCUCCUUGUUGGCUGUCAUCGUGCCGAUCUACUUUUUUCUCUGGCAGCUGCUCGGUGGCUUAGGUCUGGGAGCGUAUAUCGCGAGGAACAAAGCGUCAGAGGCCGAGUCUAACGGUCUGAAUCCUUGGUGGACCGGCUUCUUUUUUGCAGUAUCUGCUUUCAACAACUCUGGCAUGAGUAUUCUCGAUGCGAAUAUGGUUCCCUUUCAAACGUCGACCUAUAUGCUCAUCACAAUGGGCUUAUUGAUCCUGGCUGGCAACACCUGCUAUCCGAUAUUUUUGCGAUGGAUAUUACGCGCUAUCCGUCUCAUGCUUUCAGAUCAUGAGCAUUUUGAUCAGUUCCGUGACACAUUAAACUUCCUCCUGGACCAUCCAAGGCGAUCUUAUACCACUUUGUUUCCUUCUGCCCAUACUUGGUGGCUGCUUCUCUCUGUAAUCGUACUGAAUGGUAUAGACUGGCUAGCAUUCGAAGUACUCAAUAUAGACAAUCCGGCAGUGGACGCCAUCCCGCGGGGAUCGCGCGUGUUGGACGGACUUUUCCAAGCCUUGUGUGUUCGAAGCGGAGGCUUCUAUGUGGUCAGUAUCUCAGCCCUCCAGCUAGGGACGCAAGUAAUCUACGUGGUGAUGAUGUAUAUUUCAGUCUAUCCAGUUGUGAUUACGAUGCGGCAUUCCAAUGUAUACGAAGAGAGGAGUCUGGGAAUUUAUGCAGAUGACCCGUCCGCGAACGAGGAUGAUCAGGACUCACCCUCAGAAUCCUCCAGAAGUCGUCUGUUCAUGAUGCCCGCCUCUGGAAGGAUUUAUUUUAUCCGCCAUCAGCUACGAGCUCAGCUGGCAUAUGACCUAUGGUGGAUUGCGUUGGCUGUGAUCGUAAUCUGCAUCGUGGAGGCAGGCCAAUUUACCCGUGAUCCUGUCACUUUCUCAGCGUUCAACAUUAUCUUCGAAACAGUGAGUGCCUAUGGAAGUGUCGGGAUCAGUACGGGCCUUCCAAACCAACUUUACAGUUUCUCUGGGGCCUGGCAUACCUUGAGCAAGCUUGUUCUUUGUGCUGUGAUGAUUCGGGGCCGCCAUCGAGGUCUGCCGGUCGCGAUUGACAAGGCGAUUAUGUUACCGAGCGACAAACUCAUUAGAGCGGAAGAAGAAGAUGCUCAGAUCAGGAUGGAACGAACGAUGAGCCGCAGAACUCGAUGA